AUGUCUGACUUUGAGGAUUUCAGCAGGCCUGGAGGGCUGUCGAAUGUAUCUGAAAGCUACCAGCUGAACCCCACCAGUGUGAUUGUGUCGGUGGUUUUCUCUCUCAUCUUCCUGCUGGGCACCAUCGGCAACAGCCUGGUGCUCGCCGUGCUUCUGCGGAGCGGGCAGGUUGGAUACAACACGACCAAUCUGUUCAUACUCAACCUGAGCGUGGCAGACUUCUUCUUCAUCAUCUUCUGCGUUCCUUUCCAAGCCACCAUCUACUCUCUGGAGGGCUGGGUGUUCGGCUCCUUCAUGUGCAAAGUGGUCCACUUCUUCAUCAACCUCACCAUGUACGCCAGCAGCUUCACACUCGCUGCCGUCUCUGUUGACAGGUAUCUGGCCAUCCGUUACCCGCUGCGCUCCAGGGAGCUACGGACUCCGUGUAACGCUUUGGUUGCCAUGGUGAUCAUCUGGGGUCUCUCUCUGGUCUUUGCGGGUCCCUAUCUCAGCUACUACGACCUGAUCGACUACGCCAACAGUACUGUGUGCAUCCCCGGCUGGGAGGAGCAGAACCGGAAGGUGCUGGACACGUGCACCUUCCUGUUCGGCUACGUCAUCCCCGUGCUGAUCGUGAGUCUCUCGUACACCCGAACCAUCAAGUACCUGUGGACCGCCGUGGACCCGCUGGACGGCAUGUCGGAAUCCAAGAGGGCCAAACGCAAAGUCACCAAAAUGAUCAUCAUUGUCACGGUGCUCUUCUGCAUCUGCUGGCUGCCGUAUCACGUAGUGAUCCUGUGCUACCUGUACGGAGACUUCCCCUUCAAUCAGACCACCUACGCCUUCAGGCUUCUCUCUCACUGCAUGGCCUACGCCAACUCCUGUGUCAACCCCAUCGUGUACGCGCUGGUCUCCAAGCACUUUCGCAAAGGCUUCAAGAAAGUGUUCAGCUGCAUCCUCAGUAAAAAUGGGAGAAACAAGGUCCAUGUGGUCCACGUAGCCAACACUGUGCCCGGGUUUGAAGCCGGCUCCACGGAGGUGUCGCAGAUGAACGAGGAGAACGUACGGCAGAAUGAGUGUGAGAUGAUUAACAGGCCGAUCGGAGAGCCGAGAGAAGCCACAGUGACACUGAAUUUGCCCUUUCAACGGCAGACUUGA